CAGGUCCGCGCCGGAAUAACAUACCUCGAAUGUACAUUUGUAUUUAAGGCGGUGCGCCAUCCGCCUCAAUAAUGCCAGUCCGCGCGAGAAACUUGCUAAAUGCGUACUUAGCAAUGUCAGCAUCAAUUUUCAUAUAAAGACUGACCCCCGCGACAAUAGCAGGCUCUGGACCGCAGACAAACACUCGAAGUCCACAAGCACUAUGGCAGGGCAGCAGAACGACCAUGUGCCACCGUACGAAGAAGACGAGACCAUCGGCGACACCAGUACGUCUGGGCCUCCUGCGUAUCCCAACGAAGAGUCCACACCUUUGCUACCACACGAUGGUAAAGCGCUCUCAUCACACCGCAAACAGUCUAAACCAAAAUGGCGACUCGUAGUCUUUACCAUAAUCCUCAUUGUCACACUCACAGAUAUAGGAAACCUGAUGUCCGAUGCCCCGCUCGUACGGUUAUAUGAAGAGAUAGCAUGCGCAGGGUACUGGGGCUUCAAGGAUCCGUCACAUAUACUACCAGAUGGAUCCAUUCCAGAAGAAGACUGUAAAGUCAACCGCGUGCAAGAGGUAGUUGCUCUUGUCGUAGGCUGGAGCGGUGCCUGGGAUUCCAUGAUAGGGAUCCUGCUGGCGGUGCCGUUUGGUAUGCUGGCUGAUAAAUGGGGAAGAAAACCGGUGCUAUUCUUGAGCCUCUUUGGGGUCUUACUGUCUUGCAUCUGGAAGGCCAUUGUUUGCUAUAUGCGAUGGAGACUUGAGGCUGUCUGGGCCUCAUCCCUUUUCUUACUCAUUGGCGGUGGCCCAGUAGUGGCAUCUGCUAUGCUACUGACAAUGAUGGCAGACGUUAUGCCUGCCGAGAAGAGGACAGUCAUCUUUCUGUUUGUACAUGCAGCAGUUGUUGCGGGUGAAAUUCUUGGCCCGACAGUGGCAUCUUUGCUCAUGAGAUCUGAUCCAUAUCUCCCGGUCCUUAUUGGUGUUGCGAUUCAGGCUUCUGCGUUCUUUUGUGCGAUUUUUCUCUCGGAAACCCUCCAGUACCGACCGACAGUACCUUCCAUGCUACGUCCGGAGCCGACUGAUGAAGAGUCACCUUGCACAUCUACAGCCAAAGCCUCUAGCAGGCUACUAAUGCCAUUCGUGCAUGUAAAGGACAGCCUGGCCUUCGUUUUCAAGGAUAAAAAUUUAGCACUUGCGCUGUUGACAUUCUUAUGCGAAGGCUUAAGUGGAAAUGCGAUGAAUCUAUUGUUGCAAUAUUUCCCAAAACGCUAUGGUUGGCACAUCGCAGAUGCGGCACUACUUGGCACCCUCAGAUCAGUCGUCAACCUCAUUGUUUACAUGGUCCUUCUACCAACCCUUCCGUUCUUACUGAUGAAGCGUUUUGGCAUUUCCAGUAGCAAGGCUGAUCUUCUGCUGAGCCAGAUCAGCGGUAUUCUACUGACGAUAGGCAUGUUUACAAUGGGCAUAUCCCCAAAUGUCAUACUCGCAAUCAUCGGCCUUGUGAUAUAUGUCUUUGGUACAGGCUACGUAGCAUUCAUUCGGAGCAUCGCGACUUCGUUGCUGGGCGGUUCUGAAUCUCAUAACCUUGCCAGAUUGUAUACUAUGAUGCAAUCUAUGCAAGGGCUCGGGGCUGUCAUCACUGGUCCCUUAAUUCCCAUGGCGUUCAAAUGGGGGAUGGAUUUGGGCGGCUUCUGGAUUGGCAUGCCUUUUCUAUUCACGACAGUUGGAUAUUCAGCUAUGGUGGUCAUGAUUUUCUUCAUUGAAGUGCCAGAUACUGGAAGCGAAGUUGCUGAGCAGCAAGCAUAGACGGGGACUGGGCACCAUCUUGAGGUCUGUAGAUCUCCCAAGGAGUUGGAAGACGCGAUUUAUGCUUGUUUUGCAUUGCUUACUGAGAGAUUCCUGUAACUGAUGUACUGAUAUAGACGAAUGUACCUAAUAGUAGAACUAUAAAAACACAACACUCUUCAUCGCGC